UUUAAAUGGAUUUGCUGCACGUUUCACCAAGGAACAAGCUGCUAGAAUAUCACAACACCACGAUGUACAAUCGGUUUUUCCUAGCAGGCGCGUGGAAACUUACACAACAAGGUCCUGGGACUACAUGAGCAUGGGAAACUCACAAGACUCUCUAUUUGGUACAAAACGCCCCCCGCUGCGGAGUGAAACCAAACAAGGAGAGGAUGUUAUCAUCGGACUUGUGGACACUGGUAUAUGGCCGGAAGCACAGAACUUCCAUGACGACGGGAUGAGCGCAGUUCCUAAGAGGUGGAAAGGAAUUUGCCAAGAGGGAGAAGCAUUCAAUUCUUCCCAUUGCAACAGGAAACUGAUUGGAGCAAGAUAUUUCUACCAAAGUUAUCUACAUUCGAAGGGCGCGGCAAAUGUUUCUCAAUUCGCACCUCAAAUACGACUUUACAUUUCAGCCAGAGAUGACGUGGGUCAUGGAACACACACGUCCUCCAUUGCCGCUGGAAGAUACGUUCCAAACGCCAGCCUCUUUGGUCUGGCAAAUGGAACUGCAGUAGGGGGAGCUCCAAAAGCCAGGCUCGCCAUGUACGAAGUGCUUUGGGGCGGCAGCGGCGACGACGCGGAUGUAACUGCUGGUAUCGACGCUGCGGUCGAGGAUGGAGUGGACAUUAUCUCCAUGUCUUUGGGAGGCCGCGCCGUGCUUUCUUUCAAGUACGUCGGGUCUUUCAUUGCGGCGCUCGGUGCCGUCGAGAAGGGUGUUGUGGUGGUAACAGCCGCUGGAAACGACGGUCCAGACACUUUCUCAGUUUCCAACUCACCUCCAUGGAUGAUCACUGUUGGUGCUAGCGCCGAUGACCGGACGUUCAAGAACAAUGUCACUCUGGGGAAUGGAGUGAGCUUUAAAGGGUUAAGCUUGACGCUCAAUGGCACCAAGGACUUCUUGCCUCUUGUAUCUGGAGACGCCGCUGGAUCGAGUAUUUGUCGUUUAGGGGCUCUAGAUCCCGUCAAAGUGAGGAACAAUGUGGUGGUUUGUGAAUACGAUUAUAGAUAUACUCCGGAUCCCACUGCGGCAAGCGAAGCAGUUUUACAUGCCGGAGGAGCUGGUGUUAUAUAUUUCUACCAAGACGAAAAGGCGACAGUAGAUGGUCACCUCUGCGUCCUACCUUGUUCUUCCAUUUCUGCAACUGAUGCACAGAGAGUCCUCUCUUAUAUUUCAUCUACAAGCAAUCCGGUUGUGAAUAUAAGUCCAGUGGAAACAACUCUGGCCACGUCGAAGGUUCCAGUCGUGGCUACGUUCUCGGGCCGGGGUCCCGGUGCCGACCCGAACGUCGUCAAGCCUGAUAUCGUGGCACCUGGUGUCGAUAUCUUGGCAGCAUAUUCUCCAGUUCUCCCAGUUGAACCAGGCGAUAAGCUCGAUCGACGUCGCACCAGUCACGUAAUUUUUUCAGGAACCUCUAUGGCCUGUCCUCACAUUGCAGGCAUUGUUGCGUUGCUCAAAUCGCACCAUCCGGACUGGAGUCCAGCAGCGAUCCUAUCAGCUAUAGUCACGACAGGUUACAAGGAUGGGAUGGUUGGAAACCCCUUCGACUUUGGAGGCGGCCAUGUCAAUCCAAACGCUGCACUUCAUCCCGGCGUGCAAAUCCGGUGCGACGCGUUUGAGCUUUACGGCCUCCCGGCUGUGGAAACUACAGCGAUGUGCCGCUCAACGUCAACUAUCCCUCCAUAGCUCGGCUUGAUCUCGCGAACAAAACGACCAUCACCAGGAACGUUACCAAUGUGGAGGAGGAGGGAUCAGUGUACCGCGUGACCGUGAUCAGCCCCCCGGGUUAUAGCAUCCAGGUAGAGCCCCAGGUUCUACGCUUCGAUCGCAAGGGAGAGACGAAAACGUUCCGAGUCACGAUGGAGGCAACGAGCGAGGCUGGGGAUAAUCUCUUUGAAGAGGCAUUUGGGUCGAUAACUUGGAGUGAUGGGCUUCAUGACGUAACGAGUCCUGUGGCUCUUGUAAGGUUCGCCAACAUUCCUCUAGACUAUGAUCGAGAACCCAGUCCUCCUGCGAGAGCUAAUCCUACGAAUAGUUUUUCUACGUGUCCUCCCACUGCGGCUAUAUCUUCAAGGUCAGAGUUUAUAGCGCGAAUUCAAAUAACUGGUACUAAUCUUUCUUUGUUUUUCCAGCUCCAACGCUUAUAUGUCUUCUUUAUCGUUAUAUGUUUUCUCUACAGUGCUUUUGUGGCUCAUAGCUGCGUAGUUAUAUCUAUUAAUUCUUGUAAUUUGGUUAAAUAGAUAUUUCAUUUUUUUACAUUUUUUCUACCAGUUGCUAGCCCACCAGCGUUGGCAGAUACUUUGCAAAGCCGAC